AUGGAUGCACCUAUAGUCUUUGAAGAUACUUUAUUAAAGAGUGAGAAAGUUGAGAUUUCAUUUGUUACCUCGAAUAAAGGUAAUCCAUUAAUUCUAUGUGAUAAUUACUUAUUUCGAUGCAAUAAAACAACAGCUCGGAAAAAAUAUUGGAUGUGUACUGAAAAAGGUUGUAGUGUAUAUGUGCAUACAACUCUUAACAAGGAAUUGAUAUGUUUAAACGGUGUUCAUAAUCAUCUUUCAAGUCCAGAACAACUAGAAGCUAAACUUUUACGAGACAAAAUGAAAGAACGAAUAUUAACUGAAACAAUAUCCAUUACAAAAAUCUAUGAUGAAGAAAUAGUGAAAGCGAAGCUUUCAAAAGCAGCAGCAGCAAUUUUACCAACUGUUAUCGAAUAUCGAUCUAAUAUGAGUAAAGCACGUCGAAAAAUCACACCUGUUAUACCAUCAACUGUUAUGUUCGAAAUUCCAGAGUUAUAUCAACAAACACUUUCAAAUGAACGAUUUUUAACAAUUGAUUUGUUUCUUAAACGUGGUCAAGAUAGAAUUCUUGUCUUUGCAAGUGAUCAACAAUUAGAAUUAUUAUUUGAAAGUGAUACAAUUUUUAUGGACGGUACAUUUGAUACAUCACCAGCAAAUUUCAAACAAGUGUACUUGAUACAUGUUCAUAAAUUUGGCCAAGGUUUACCAGUUGCUUUUUGUCUUUUACCAAAUAAACGUGGAAAAACGUAUACUGCACUUAUGGAACAAUUAAAAGAACAAGCUAAUAUUAUGGGGAAACAAUUUAAUCCAAAACGGAUUGUAACUGAUUAUGAACCUGGUUUAAUGCCUAUACUUGAACAAGAAUUUCCUAAAGCACUUCACUCUGGUUGUAUGUUUCAUUUCAAUCAAGCGAUUCAUCGAAAAAUUACAGCUUUGGGUUUAUCGAAUGAUUAUUUACACAACGAAAGUAUUCGUGAUCAAUGUCGCCAGCUAAUGGCUUUAAGUCUCAUGCCGAUUAAUGAAGUGGAGAAUCAAUUUAUACGUUUACAAACAAUUAUGUCAACAUCAUUAGGUGAUUUACUACUUUACUUCAAGCACCAGUGGAUGUAUGGUGUUGUUCCUAUUGAAAUGUGGAAUUUUCAUAAUGUUGAUCAUCGAACUAAUAAUACAUCAGAAGCUUAUAACCUUCGUUUCGCAACUCGAUUGUCCAGAAAACAUCCAAAUAUUUGGAGUUUUAUACAAUUAAUUCAAUGUGAACAUGUUCGUUUUGAACAUAUAUCGAUACAACUUGAUGCUGGAGCAUCUACACCAAAACAGUCGAAAAAAACAAAAGCUUUUCAAAUGAAAUUCAAUAAUCUUCAAGAAAGAUUUCUGAAGAAAGAAAUGAAUUGUAAUCAAUUACUAACGGGUUUAUCAUUGUUAAUUGGAAACAAAAAAAAAUAGUAUCAACCUUAUUAUAUAUCACCAUUAUUUUAUUUUUCACCAAUAAAAGAUAGCACAUAAUAUACGCCGAAAGAAUACGAUAAUAAUUUCUAUUUUUUUCGACAUUUUCCUCUUUCGAAAUUUUCUCUUCGCUGUUUUCCUCUUCCAUCUUUUCCUUUCGACAUUUUCC